AUGUCCGGCCGCGCUCCGCCUGGGUUGAGCGACUAUGCCGCGCCUUCGCCACCAAUUGAAAUGGGCAUAGAGGGUCGCUCACAUCCCACCCUCAUCGCAAAGUCAGAAGACUCACCAGUUCCAUCCCGCCCGGCUUCGCUUGGCCCGGACUCCUUGUUAAUGGAAGAACAUGAUAACAAUGGCCCUCCGACGACUGCUGGGCGAAAACGCAAGCUGAACAGCGCUUCCGCACGCGGUGUCGCCAAUCUUACCCCAGAUCAAUUGGCCAAGAAGCGGGCGAAUGAUCGCCAGGCUCAGCGGGCGAUCCGCGAGCGCACAAAAACAACCAUCGAAGCAUUGGAGCAGCAGGUUCGGGACCUCUCAUCGCAGAAGCCCUUCCUCGACCUCCAGGCCGCCUUGCAACACAAUGAGCGAAUCAAGGUGGAGAACAGGGAGCUUCGUCAGGGACUCAAAGCAGCAAUGGAGAUCAUCCAGCCUCUGCUUGCAAGGCCAGAGAUACCGGAUUUACCCGCUUGCCUGGCUCAACCGCGAUCCGUCCCUCUAUCUCAUACACCUCCCAUCCUCGAGCCAGACAACCUGACCCCAACUCCCCACGCUGGGGUCCCCUCCGAAAAGCCAUAUGCGGAAUCACUGGCCAGCCUCGAUACACCCUCUCCUACCCAUUCUGCGCCAAUUCUGGGGAGCCGUCGUAACAGUAACAAUGGAAUCCACCAGCCUGCGUCAUACCGAGCGGCACUCUCCCAGAGUAUUGCCCAUGGACUAGAUUUUGGCAUGGAAGAACGACUCGGCUUCAAUUUCCUUUUGGAUCCUACACACAAUGUUCCUAAGGUCGACCGUCUCCGGCGCAGCAGCUCAGAGAACCUGCGAACCUCGCAUCCCAUUGCUCCACCAUUCUACUUACAGCCAUUGAAUUACCCUCCCGAGCAAACAUCGAUCGCAUUCUCCACACCCAUCAAGAAUACGGCACCGACUUGCACCCUGGACAGCAUUUUAAUGGACUUCCUUGACAACCGACAACGCGAGGCCGCACAAGGAAUCCCCCGACAGAAACUUGCCGGACCGCCAUACCCAAGUGUCUCCUCCCUACUAAACCCGGAAAAGAGUGCCAAUUCGCAUCCCGUCUCAAAGGUCUUCACGGACAUCCUCCGCACAUUCCCAGACAUCUCCUCCUUGCCAGAGCAGGUGGCCGUUCUAUUCACCAUGUUCCUCCUCAUGCGCUGGCAAAUUUACCCUACGCAGGAGAACUACGACCGGCUUCCCGAAUGGCUCACUCCACGACCAACUCAAUUAUUUACACCACAUCCUGUAUGGAUAGACUAUAUUCCUUGGCCACGUAUGCGCGACCGCCUUGCUACCUCUCAUCGAGACUACCCGUUUGAAAAUUGGUUCAUCCCUUUCACCCGAGGCAUGUCCCUGAACUGGCCAUACGAAGCCACGGACUGUCUUUUAUCGGCUGGUGAUUCGGACGAGCUGCUCAUAAACCCGGUGUUUGAGCGACAUAUGCGCAAUCUCAACAACUGGACACUCGGCACAUUGUUCGCGGAGACAUAUCCUGGUCUGGUCGACACUACAAGUAUCAAACCAGAGUUAAAAAAGGCCGGCUCUCCUUCUCAGUCAAUAUAG